AUGAGCGUCGACAAGUCGCCGCUGUUUGAGGCCAUCGACAAAAAUGACACCGACCGCGCGUUGGAGUUGCUCAAUGAGCAAUCGGCUUCGGAGCGGGACCCGAAUAAAAUGAGUGUGCUCUCGGCGGCCGCCUACAGAGGGAAUCUGAAAGUGGCGGAGAAGGCUCUCGAAUUUGGAUGCGAUGUGAACGACAAGGAGCACGAAAUGGGAUACACACCGUUGAUGUUCGCCGCGCUUUCGGGAAAUCCGGACAUGUGCAAAUAUUUAAUGGACGCCGGCGCCAAAAUGUAUUUGGUGAAUUCGAUCGGCAAAACCGCGUCCGAACUCGCCGCGUUCAUCGGCAACCACAAAUGUGUGGCGAUCAUCAACAAUCACAUAACGAUUGAUGUCAUCGAUAAUAUAUUAAGGCCAAAAAUAAAUGGUGUCGAAGUGGAGAAUUAUCCGGAUGAGCUAGCCAAAUUUAUACAUUCGUUGUGCGCUUCGCACGAAGUCCAUCCGGUUAAAAUAAUAUUCCGCUUCAAUGAAUAUCCGGACUCGUUGAAAUAUAAGAAAAAGAUCCUCUAUGUCAUCGAUCGGAUAUUCGAACGCCAACUUCGUUGCAAAGAGGGCAACGAGGUGAUGUCGCUGAAAUUGUGGAUUAUUCUGUUUUUCAUGCGCGAAACGAUGAAAUUCGCCGAAACCCAUUCGGAUUCGGACAACGCGGCGCAGCAAUACGCGAAAAUUCUGCUGAAAUGGGAGAACGGCGACGAAAUUCGAAAACCGCUCGACAUUUUGCUACGCAAUUCGGUCGCCGCAUUUCCAUAUAAGCACUCACUAGUUUAUGACACAUUGAACAAAGCAUUGUCGAAAUCGAAACCGGGAACUCGACCAUCGGCCUAUGAAUAUAUUGUGCAGAGCCUAUUCGGACAGCGAAUCGUCGCCGUGUGCAAGUUCUGCUCGGUGUGCGGAGCCGUCGACGCGAAGAAGCGCUGCCCGGAGUGCAAGUUGAGCUACUGCUCGAAACACUGUCAGAAGUUCGAUUGGACAAUUCACAAGCCAAUUUGCAAAUACCUCAAAUCCAUAUAUGGUGUCGAAAUGUCGAAUGAUCAAGGCGAAAUGUCGCUCGACGAGAUUCAAGCCCAAAUCCAAAAUAUUGAUGUCUAA